AUGGCAAACGUCACUCCAGGUGUCGAGUACGCCGAUCGGGCCUGUAAUUCCUGCAGACAGCGCCGGGUUAAGUGUGACAAGAGACUCCCUGCCUGCUUGCGGUGUGAGAAGCUCGGCAGACCGUGCACCGGCUAUGAUCUGGAACGCAAAUUCCUGGACGAAGGCAUCAAGGUUCGAAGGAAGUAUGAUGGACAAUUUCAAUCCCCAGACUUCUCCAGGGCGGUAGUCUCGACUCCUCCCAAAGUCCCAGUAGCGCCAGUGCCUGACCAACGUAUCAAUCUUCCGCCGAUACACAACAUCCCGAGCAUUCCCCAAAUCAUUUCACCACCCAUCUCUUCCACUCCGAACCUUCCAAGCAUACAAGGAGGUUCCGAUCGGACCCCGCUCGGAAACAUACAAUUUCCCGCGUUUGGAAUACUCAACCAGCAAAGCCCCGACUUCAAUCUAUUUCCCAAUACUCCUCCGCCGCCACCACCGGCGAUCAGCGCACCACCUCCGUCGGCUCCUCCGUCCAAUUUCCAAUUCGCAGGGGCGUCUCCGCAGCUGGCCGAAUAUGGCCAGUAUACUCACCAGGAGCACCCCACAGCCAAAUUACUACAUGGCAGGCCCCAGUAUGCGCCCUCAGAUUUGGAUUCUUCAGUUAGCGAGGACUAUUUCGAUCUUGACAUUGAAACCUACUAUGCGAAGGGCAAUAAUGCCUGUGGCUUUAUUCCCGGCCUACCCGUAAUUCUGACCGACAACAACGUUCCUGAGUCUGACGAUGAUUUUUUGACGAGUGAUUUCGCCUCAAUCAGCGGCCGAUCAUCAGUCUAUGAUGGGUAA